ACGAUGGCUCAGCGUUCUCAAGCUAUCAAUGAUUGCCUUCCAAAUUCUAGUGAAGAUGUUAUAAGAAAUAUCAUUGCUGUCCUUGCCUCGAACGGAGGAGAGGGAAUGCUUACGAGUGAUUUGAUGUCAGAGUACAGUUUCAUUGUAGGAAGAGAUGUUCCUUGGCAAAGAUUCAAUUGCGCAAAUUUAGACGACUUUUUGAAGCGAUUUCCUGACCGCAUUCAAUGUGUUCCGUCUAAAUAUGGUUCUGGAAAUCAGUACGUGCUUGCUGAAAAGAAGGGUUUGUCAAGCAGUUUUAGGGGUGCUUUAUCGUACCCGGAAUGCCCUAACAAUGUUAAAACCAGAACUGGAAGUCAUAGAAAACCUUCCGGCUUACAGAAGAAAGUUGCCAACAGGCGAACUCCUGGCUUUGUUCCGGCGCAUAUUAGGGAAAAUGUCAGCAGUUUGAUCCAAAAUCACCCAAAUGGGGUUUCUCUAGAUGCAUUUUUGUAUGAAUACUGUGAGGAGAACGGAGUUGAUUUGAUGCCCAGCUCUUGCAUGUGUUCAACUGUCAAAGACAUCUUUCUACUCUUGGAAGAAAUCAUAACUGUUCACCCUGGUGAAGUCUGCAUGCUGUAUCCUUCAGAAUCAAUUGUGCAAACCAAUAAGGCACAUUGGUUAGAGUUAAACAAUCACUUAUCCGAAGACAGAAUACGUAGAAAUAUAGGUGCUAUUUUGACAAGAGAAGGCACUGUUAGAAUAAAUUCACUGCAAACACAUCAUUUCAACAUGCACAAACAAUACAUCGACCUGCACCACUUGGGUUUCAAGUCAUUGACUGAAUUAAUAAACCGCAAUCAGGAUCUGUUCUCAAUCUUAAGAGACGAAAAGGAUAAUAUUUGGGUAGCAUUGAAAUAACAAUUGUGAUUUGCGGAAUUGCAGAUUUUGAUGUCAUUGAGAGGAGUCAAGGUAGUUGAGCUCGCUGGACUUGCUCCGGGUCCAUUUUGCGGGAAGAUUCUAGCUGAUCAUGGAGCAUCUGUAACGCGUUUAGACAAAUUACCAGCACCAAAUUUUGGGGUAGAUGUGCUGGCUGAUAAUAAGAAGUCAGUCUCUGUGAACUUGAAGAGUAAGAAUGGAAUGAAAAUUGCGAAAGAACUUAUAGAGAAAUCCGAUGUACUUAUUGAGCCGUUCAGAUCAGGAACAAUGGAGCGAAUGGGACUGGGACCCGAUAUUGCCAUGGAAUGCAACCCAGCGCUUAUAUAUGCAAGGCUGAGCGGCUAUGGACAAAAAGGCAAUUGGAGUUCAAUGGCGGGCCAUGACAUCAACUUCUUGUCGCUUUCGGGAGUCCUCAGUAGACUUGGAAGAGCUGGCUCCAAACCAACACCUCCUCAAAAUCUGCUGGCUGAUUUUGCCGGUGGGGGCUUGAUGUGUGCUUUUAGCAUUGUCAUGGCUCUUUUGGAACGAACGAAAAGCGGAAAAGGCCAAAUAGUUGAUUGCAGUAUGACGGCAGGUGCUGCAUACAUAGCUUCGUUUCUAUUCCACUCCAAGCAUCUUCUUCCGUUCAUAACACAAGACAGCAGAGGUCAAAAUGUGUUAGAUGGCGGAUGUCCAUUUUAUGACACGUACAAAACAUCAGAUGGCAGAUUCAUGGCUGUUGGCUCCCUCGAGCCCCACUUUUUCAUCAAGUUAGUUCAAAAGUUAGAUUUAGAUAACAAUUACUCCACUGAAGAUCAAAUGGAUAGAAAUAAAUGGCCCGAAAUGCGAUCAGAUUUUGAAGCGAAAUUUGCUGCAAAAUCAAUGAAAGAUUGGGUUGAAAUUUUUGCCGAUGUAGAUGCUUGUGUUACUCCUGUUUUGGAAUUAAGCGAAGCCUACGAACUGAAGCAUAAUCAAGAAAACGAAUCAUUUGUUCAUACUAAGUCUGGAGUCAAUGUUCCCAAUGUAGCUCCUAAACUUGGUCGAACGCCUGGUGCUUUAAACAAAGAUGAGUCAGCUCGAGUUCUACCUAUUGGAUUUAAUACUUCAGAGGUAUUGACAGAAUUGGACUACACGGAAGAAGAAAUUCGCUAUUUUAAAGAAAAUGGAGAUAUCUUUUGUCAUUCAACAGGUUCGAAAUUGUAAAGACUUAAAUAUUAACAAUAUCAGUUUUGUAAUUUUGUUAUGAUUAAUUGCUA